CAUUGAGCUUAAUACAGGUCGCUCGGACCGUGCGGGGAGGAGAGUUUAAUUAAUUUGUGUUUUUGUCCCUUGCCUCGAUUGCGGGCUUAAAGUAUAAAUAAAAGCGCGAAUGAUUUACGAAAAUUAGUUCGAAUAAAGUUUCGUUUGACUGUCGAUUGCUGUAAUCUCAAUCCGCGCUGCUUUGCAUAAAGCAAAAGUUACAUAUGUACAUAUAUUGAACCUGAAACCCAGAAAGUUGUACUUAACUACGCCAUGACCAACCUGUGGAAGGCACUGACGCGUCGCAAGACCGAUGAUGUGAAUGAAGGCGAGUCCCAGCUGGCGCGGGUCCUGAACCUCUUUGAUCUGACGGCCCUGGGAGUGGGCAGUACUCUGGGACUGGGGGUCUACGUCCUGGCCGGCCAGGUGGCCUACAACAUAGCCGGGCCAGCGGUUACCAUUUCCUUCCUGAUUGCGGCCAUCGCAUCCGCCUUUGCCGGCAUCUGCUACGCGGAGUUCGCAGCCCGAGUGCCCAAGGCGGGCAGCGCCUAUGUGUACAGCUAUGUGACCAUCGGGGAGUUCGUGGCCUUCACCAUAGGAUGGAACCUCAUCCUGGAGUACGUUAUUGGCACGGCCUCCGUGGCGCGUGGCCUCAGCGGCUACUUCGACUCGCUGAUCGACAACAACAUGUCGAAGGCUUUGAACGAGUCGAUGCACAUCGACGUGGACUUCCUGGGCGACUACCCGGACUUUUUGUCUUUCGGCAUGGUGCUGCUGCUGGCGGGCAUCCUGGCCUUUGGCGCCAAGGAGUCCAGCUUCCUGAACAACAUCUUCACCACGGUCAACCUGGUCACCAUUGCCAUUGUCCUGGUAGCCGGGGCCAUGAAUGCCGACGCCGACAACUGGCGCAUCCCCGAGAAGGAUGUCCCCGAGGGCUUCGGCACGGGUGGCUUCAUGCCGUUCGGCAUUGCGGGAGUGAUGGCCGGGGCCGCCAAGUGCUUCUACGGCUUCGUGGGCUUCGACUGCAUCGCCACCACGGGCGAGGAGGCCAUCAACCCCAAGCGCAACAUCCCGCUGUCGAUCGUGGUGUCGCUGAUCAUCAUCUUCCUCUCCUACUUCGGUGUGUCCACGGUGCUGACCAUGAUGCUGCCCUACUAUUUGCAGGACAAGGACGCUCCCUUCCCGCACGCCUUCGAUGCGGUCGGCUGGUACACCAUUAAGUGGAUCGUGACCAUCGGCGCGGUGUUUGCGCUCUGCACCAGUCUGCUGGGCGCCAUGUUCCCCCUGCCCCGCAUCCUCUACGCCAUGGGCAAGGACGGUAUCCUGUUCAAGAAACUAUCCACGGUGCACAGCUACACGAAGACCCCGCUCCUGGCCACCAUUGUGUCCGGUAUCUUUGCAUCGAUCAUGGCCCUCCUCUUCAACCUGGACCAGCUGGUGGACAUGAUGUCGAUCGGAACCCUGCUCGCCUACACCAUCGUGGCAAUUUGCGUGCUCGUGCUGCGCUACCAGGACGAGGAGAUGACCAAGCUGGUGUCCGUUAAGGCCCCAAACGUGUUCCGGCAGUUCUUCAACGGCAACUCCUUCCGCGAGCCCAACUCGAUGACCUCGGCCAUCACCAAGGUGGGCAUCGUGGUGUUUGCCAUCUUUUGCCUCGUGUGGUGCUCCUUCCAGAAGGUCUUCGACUUGGACAACACCGGCGGCAUUGUGGCCUUGAGCCUGGUGGGCCUCGUGCUGAUCCUCAUCUGCGUGGUGAUCGGCAUGCAGCCGGUGUCGACCAUCGAGCUGACCUUCAAGGUGCCUCUGGUGCCGUUCGUGCCCUGCCUCAGCGUGUUCGCGAAUCUGUACCUGAUGUUCCAGCUGGACCUGAACACGUGGAUCCGCUUCCUCAUCUGGAUCGUGAUCGGCUACGUGAUCUACUUCUGCUACGGCAUGCGGAACUCCACGCAGAUAGCCAGGGCACGCAACCACGCCGAGGUGGCGGCCAAUGCGAUGCAGCACCAGGGCCAGCACGAGAACCCCGCCUUUGAGCCGGACUGCAAGGUGGAAAACGGCCGGCAGCCACCGCCCUACGAGUUUUCCGAGAAGCUGUAGGGGCCACAAGGGCUCCCACCCUAGUAUUAUAACCAUAGCCCCCUGCUGCGUGAACUUCAUUCGAUUUUGCAUCUUCCUCUGAAUAGAACAAAGACUCCUCUGCCUUCUUAGCUAGCACGUUUAUGUGAGAGAGAUGAAUAGAUUGCGUAUGGAAAUUAAAUGGAUCCGCCCACUGACCGCCUUAUUGCCAGCCAGAGCGGAUCUGUUAUUUCUGUGCGCCUCAGGACUUCUAGAGAGAGCUCAAAACAGACUCUAUUUUACCAUUUCAUCCUUCUAUCCCAUUUUACCAACGCUAACCCAACUUUUAACCAACCCAAACGAUUCAGCUGCAAUGCCCUAUUUUGUUGUGAUAUCUGUAAAUAUACCCACAUAUAUAGAGUAGUAUUGAUCGCGUUUUGUAUAUUUGUCACAAUUACAAUCGUUAUGUAAAUGGAAUUUGUAUCAUAUGUAUGUCAUCGCAGGUACGCGUGCAACCCGCACAGCCGUUGCCGCACGUAGUGUUUAAGCUCUUUAGCUGCUAAGCUUCCCACAUUUGUUAUUAUUAGCCAAAACAGAAACGAAUUUUGCCCCCUUUCUUGUUUAUUAAAAACGCAAUGCUGUUCAACA